AUGUUGUUUAUUUUAUUACUUUUAAUUACAACAGUUGCUGCUCGUCCUCAGACGACUUUUCCAAGUAGUACUACGCCUUUCAUGACGUAUGAUAGUGUACUUGGUUAUUCUUGUCACUCGGAUACGAAUUGCGGUGGUUUAGUUGGUAAUUCAAGAUGUCUAAAUGGUAUAUGUGCUUGUCAACCUGGAUAUGUUCCACAAGGAAUUAUGAAUUGCGUAUAUGCUGGAAAUGAUAAAACAACAAUGAAUUAA